AUGCCAAAUAACCAACAUAAUUCAACCAAAAAUAAAAAUAUAUUCAAAAAAGGAAGUAAAGUUAAAAAAAAGAAAACCAAUAUCAAUCUUUUUUAUUUAUUUAAAAAGUUUCCUUUGCUUUCCUUAACCCAUUAUGGUUUUGCUUUAUUUAGUGCUUAUGGUUCAACUCAGUUAAUUUUUGGCUAUCUUGGUGAUGCUUUAAAAAAAGGCGGAGUAGAAACCUUAAAGGCUAAUGUAGGCGGUUUUCUUUUGCGAUUAAUUAUCUAUGGAAUAACCGUUUACUUGCAUAUUUUGCUUGGUGUUUACUUGGAAGAAGUUUACACCGCUCAUUUACGGAAAAAGUUAACUAAAAAGUUUUUAUCGGCUAAUUUUACCCAAGUCCAAAAAGAGGAGUUUAUUCUAUCGCGUUUUGACAAUGAUGCAGCCACCGUGGGAAGGCUAGCAGUAGGAAUUUUUAAUCGCACCUUAGCAAUCUUAGCAAUUUUAGUUCCAGUUUUGUAUUAUAUUUCUUACCGAUAUAAGUUAAAAAGAGACCGAGAAUUUGAAAAGGAAAAUAAGCGUUUUAAAGAAUUAAAGGAUAAUGUUGAGUAUGUUAAAACUACUGGAACCGAGAAUCAAGAAAUUAAGAAAAGCAAUCAACAAUUUGCUAGUAAUUUACGAAAAAAUUAUGCUUUUGUGGCUACUAAAAUUAUGAGUGGACAAGUAAGCGGAGCAAUUUUGUAUGCUAAAUUAUCCACCUAUGGAGGUUAUGAAAGUUAUAGUUCCAGUUGUAAAAGACUAAAUGAGACUUUUGCUAAUUUAGAAAGGAACCAGAUUUCUUCUCCUACUAUUAACUAUUUACCAAUUAAAAAAGUUGAUAUUGCCUUUCAAAAGGUUAACUUUGCUUAUCUAGAAACAAACAAAAAAAUAUUAGAUAAUUUUUCUUUUAGUUUCCAACAAGGAAAAAAAUAUGUGAUUAUUGGUUCGAAUGGGAUUGGGAAAAGCACUUUAUUUAAACUAAUGCUGAAACUCUAUCAGCCCCAAAAAGGAGUUAUUGAAUUAAAUAAUAUCGAACUAAAAAAAAUUGAUAAUUCUAACCUAAGGGAAAAAAUGGUUUACUUACCAAACAGUCCUUCCUUUUUUAAUACCAGUUUAGGUGAUAAUAUAGUUUACCCGGAAGUUUAUCAAGAAAAUAUUCACCAAGAAAAAUUAGAACAAAUUGCCCAAAAGUUAGAAAUUAAAGAAUUUAUUGAUGGACUACCAAAGCGUUGA